AUGAGAUUGAAAAUGUGUUCCAGACGACCGAAUUUUGUGUGGUGCGGUGCGCUGGUAACGUUACUGCUGGCACUGAGUGUGAGGGCCGCGAGCGGGAUUCGUCAGGAUCAUGACGAUAUGUCGGUGGAGGAGAUGCUACGACGCGAAAGCCGUGAUGUAGACACAGACCAGACAGAGCACGCGGACCCGAUGGGCUGGGGUGACGUUGGUGACGGUGCUGUUCCGGCUGUGAUACGGAACCGACCGCGACGAACGAAACAGCUAUGGCGACAGCAUCGGCCACGGCACUCCGGGCGGCAAGAGUUAAAAUUACUUUCUGGCCUGACGGUUUCCACCGCGACCACGGACUACGAGCAGCAACUUCCGAAGGCGUCCGGUUUGUGGCCAUCAUUUUUUAAUGUAGCCCUCCGGGCGACAAUCUCCGUGAAUGCGACCUGUGGGCAGACGGGCCGGGAGGAGUACUGCCGCCUAACGGAGGCCACUGGACGCUCGCGUGGUUCCCAGUGCGGUAUUUGUGACGCGAACAAUCCCGAUCCGGAGAAACGGCACCCGAUCACAAACAUCGUCGACGGAACGAACAGCUGGUGGCAGAGCCCGACAUUGCAGAAAGGCGCUAAAAAUGAUCGCGUGACGAUCAAUCUCGAUCUCGGACAGCUGUACCAGAUAGUGUUUUUCACAAUGCGUGCCGCCAUAUCACCGCUUCCUGCCGCAUGGGUGCUGGAAAAAUCGAUAGACGGACGGGUGUACGAUGCCUGGCAGUAUUUCGCAUCCGACGACACCGAAUGCCGGGAACGGUUUGGUCUACCGGCCUACAGUACGAACUACAUCUUUAAAAGCGACACGGAGGUGAUCUGUUCGACGCAGUUUUCCACGCUCGAACCGCUGGAAAAUGGAGAAAUCAACUUGUCCAUCAUAAGUGGACGACCGAGCGAGAAGAGCACAUCACCGGAACUGCAAAAUUUUACCCUGGCCCGGUACGUACGUAUACGGCUGCUGCGUAUUCAACAGGCAGAUGCACAGCGAAGUUUCUACACCAUUCGAUCGCUCAGAAUCGGCGGACGAUGCUUUUGCUCCGGACACGCUGGUAAGUGCAAAACGAACGACAACAACAUCGACAAUGAGCCACAGUGUGAGUGCGUGCACAACACUUGUGGGGUGCACUGUGAUCGUUGCUGUCCACUGUACAACCAACGACCGUACCGUAUCGGGACGCCUGUGGCGGCAAGCAAAUGCGAAAAGUGUGAAUGCCACGGACACGCCAAAUCCUGCAUCUACGACAAAGCGGUGGAUGAGCAACAUCUGAGCGUAAGCAUCCGGGGGAAGAUGAGUGGCGGAGGCGUUUGUCAAAACUGUACGCAUUUCACCACCGGAAUCAACUGUGAGCGUUGCCUUGCUGGGUAUUACCGACCGACGGAUCGUCUACCGAACCAUUCGGAACCGUGCGUCAUCUGCAAUUGUACGGCACCCGGUGCGACGGGGGAAUGCAAUCCAGUUGGUGGAGAAUGCUACUGUCGGGAAGGUUUCACCGGUCUGGGAUGCACGGAGUGUCUUCCGGGCCAUGCGGGAGCAAAGUGUAUACGCUGCGAUUGUGAUGCUAGAGGCACACUGGCCGGUCGGGAAUGUGAUGAAAAGUGUAGCUGCAAGGCGCACGUCACCGGAGCGCGUUGCGACAGUUGUGCCGAAGGUUACUUCGCGCUGGACGAAGGUCACGCGGAUGGUUGUCUCAAGUGCUACUGUUCCGGGGUGGCAACGAGCUGCUCGUUGGCGCAUGUCGAAACGAGCAGCUAUGAAACGCUGCACGGUUGGACGGUGACCAAUUUGGGUAUGAGUGAACAAAUCGUGCCCACAAAGGAUAACGAAACGGGAUUCCUGGUGUUCGGUAUGUUCGAAAUGCCCGAAACGGAGGCUAUAUACUGGAGGGCACCGGAGGGCUAUCUCGGGAACUUGCUGCGUAGUUACGGUUCACGGUUGAACUUCAAGAUGCAGUGGAUCACGGUGCGUGGCGAUACCAGUGGGAAGCCUACGGUUGGACCGAAUCUUGUGCUGGUAGGCCGCAACGGUAUGAAGAUAGCGUACGGGGAGGAGAGUUACGAUGAGAUCGGUGAGGCUACGAUCGAGGUUCCCUUGCGGGAAGACAACUGGUAUCAUGUUCCGCGAACGGUUAAGGACAUCAUCACCCGGCUAAGGCGCACGGAGUACCACGGUGAUCCCGUCACUCGAUCGCAGUUCAUGGCGGUUCUCACGGACGUGGAGUCGUUGCUGAUACGGGGCACCUAUCACACGGACCAGGUGGAAAGCGUGCUGGAUCAGGCCCAACUAUUUUCGGGACUACACUCAACCGACGGAUCAACCUGGAACAGCAGUUCCACGUUUAUCGAGCGCUGCGAAUGCCCUGCCGGGUACAGGGGGACUUCUUGUGAGGAGUGCGCACACGGGUACGUUCGUAUCUACGAAACGAGUGUGACACACGAACGGAUCGGUCGCUGUAUUCCGUGCUCGAUGUGCCACGGGCAUGCAAGCAGCUGUGAUCUUGAAACGGGCGAGUGUGGGAGCUGUUUGCACAACACCGUCGGCACAAACUGCGAGCGGUGUUUGCCAGGGUUUUACGGUAAUGCGACUGUCGGACGGCAGGAUGAUUGUCGGCAGUGCGCUUGCCCGCUGGUGGACGUUAGCAACAACUUUUCGCCCAACUGUCAGGCUCGUGGUGGCAGUUCGGACCCAUCGGAGUACGUGUGUACGCAAUGUCCGGAUGGGUACACGGGUGAUCACUGCGAAUUAUGUGAUGAUGGAUAUUACGGCGAACCAACAGUGAUCGGAGGUCAGUGCCUUCCCUGCCCAUGCCACGGAGGACCUUGCAAAGCGAAGACGGGAGAAUGCAUCGAGUGUUUAGGUAACACCGAAGGAUGGCGCUGCGAACGGUGCAAAACCGGCUACUGGGGCAUCCCGGACGAUGGUUGCGAACCCUGCAGCUGUUCCGAGCUGGGCGCACUCGAGAACGUGUGUGACGUGACGACGGGCCAGUGCAUAUGCAAACCACGCUACGGUGGCCGUCGGUGUGAUGAGUGUGAUGUGGGAUAUGGUAAUCUGGAUCUCGACUGUCCGGCGUGUGCGUGCAAUGCGAACGGUUCGGCUAGCUUGAUAUGCAACGUUGUGAGUGGACAGUGUGAGUGUAGCGUCGGUACGGUGGGAAUCCACUGCGAUCAGUGCCAGGAAGGGUUCUUUGGGCUCUCCGAAGAACAACCGGAUGCCUGCGAAGGUUGCAACUGCCAUCCGAAAGGUGCCAUCGGCCAUGCCUGCAAUCACAAGACGGGCCAGUGUCAGUGCAAAUCAAACAUCGAAGGCCGCCAGUGCCAUUUGUGCCGGAAGGGCUUCUGGGAUUUGAACUCUGGCAAUGGGUGCAUACCGUGCGCCUGUGAUGCAAACGGAAGCGAUCUCGAGGUAUGCGAUCAGUACACGGGGCAAUGUUUCUGCAAGACGGGAGUGACUGGAACCAGUUGCGAUCGGUGUGACGUGGGUUUCUACGGAUUCAGUGCACAGGGAUGCAAGCGAUGUGAUGUGUGCAAUAGUGCAGCGUACGUAUGUGAUCCGGAUACGGGACGGUGCAUCUGUCCGGCGAACAGCCACGGACCGGAAUGCCGCUCCUGUAUCGCCAACACCUGGGGCAACGAGUUCCAGAAGGGCUGUAAACACUGCGCCUGUGACAUCGUCGGUUCGAUCGGCCAGUCGUGUGAGCGGGAAACGGGCCAAUGUAGCUGUAAGGAGGGUUACACCGGUCGUCAAUGCAGUGACUGUGCCCCGGGAUACUAUGGCUACCCGACGUGUCAUCGGUGCGCUUGCGAUGAGCGCGGAACAGUGGCGAGUAACAACGGCACGGUGUUUCCCUGCGACCGAAACGGUCAGUGUCUGUGCAAGGAAAUGGUGUACGGAAAGCGGUGCGAUCUAUGCCGGCAGGGUACGUUUGGAUUGGCUGCUUUCCAUCCGGAAGGCUGUACCAGUUGCUUCUGCUUCGGAAGGGCAAGCAAUUGUACGCAGAGUGAUCAUUCGUGGGGUCAGGUGCGGUUGGCAGGAUCGCGUAAUUUGAGCGUGGAGUACCUGGAACGUCAGGAUGGUCACAGCGAGGUGGACUAUGUUGUGAUUCUCCAGCUGGAAGGCACGCAGAUGCACCGGGAAGAUGUGAACAUUACCAGCAUGAACAAUCUUGAGCUGAUACCGAGCUCCUCGGGCAAUGUGUCGAUCGGAGCAUACACCAAGUUCCGGUAUCCGCUAUACUUCCAGCUACCACCUCAAUUCCUGGGUGAUCACACCGCCAGCUAUGGUGGGCAGCUGAACUUCACACUUAUCACGGCAGGCGCGACCACUAACAUCCAUAAAAAAUCAUUGCGUCAGUUCCCGCUGGUUCAGCUGCACACUCACGAAAAUUUGGUGCUAGACUUCUAUUGGAACGGAACCGAGCGCAACCGCAACGGACAGGCAGUAGAAUCACACACUGUGCGAUUGCUUGGAAGUCUGUGGCGCAAUCACUACGAUGGUCAACAGAUCAACCGAACGAUCUUGAUGACGGCUCUUCAGGAUGUGCGGCAUAUUUUUGUACGAGGAACAACCACAACUGACUUCCAGCAGGUUGUACUUACCAAUGUAACGCUUGAUACGGGAAUUUUCGUAGUAGGCGCCGAAAAUAACCACGCGUACGGUGUGGAGCGAUGCAGUUGCUCACCGAAAUAUAGUGGACUAUCGUGUCAGAAUCCGGGUCAAGGGUACUAUCGUCAUCGGUUGCCUAUCCUAGAUUUGGAGUGGGCCACAAUAGAUGAUAUGAUCGGCAAAGUGAUACCUUGUGGUUGUAACGGACGAAGCGAGAAGUGUGAUCCAGAAACGGGUGUUUGCUUGAACUGUCGCAACAACACCGGAGGAGAGCAUUGUGAACGUUGCGCGGAAGGAUACUACGGUGAUCCUAACCUUGGCCUGUGUGCGCCUUGUCCGUGUCCCGAAACGCGCAAAAACUUUGCCCGUGGCUGUACGGUACGUGGCAACGAGGUGCAGUGCGUAUGCAAGCCAGGCUAUACGGGGGCACUCUGCGACAGUUGCAUGCGAGGCUACUUCGGACAUCCACAUCUGGACAAUGGGCAUUGCGACGCGUGCGACUGCAAUCGGGAGGGCAGUAUGUCGGACGAGUGUGACCAUUACACGGGCGAAUGUCAUUGCCGACCGGGCAUUACCGGGCGCAAGUGUGAUCGAUGCGAGCAGCCCAAACAUAUCGUGCAGGAUUAUCGGUGCAAGAUGUGCGACAACUGCACCGUUACACUGAUAGACGAUUUCGACAUAUUGGCCAGCCGCAUGGCGGAAGAAACUGCCCACAUCGAUCGCAACGGGAUACCGGCGCCUUGGGUGGAAUUGACGAAAUAUGAAGCGAAAAUACGCCAACUGUCAGAUCGUGUAGCUCGUCUGCUCGAUGCGGAAGAUUCCGCUAAAAAGUUUAUGGCGGAUUAUGCCGACCCACUUAUGCGCAAUGCAACUCGGCUAACCAAGCGGCUCCAAAAGCUGAACAACCGUGCGAAGAACCGCGAGGAGGAAAUCCUCAAAUGUACGGAGCGCGCCAACGAGCUGUUUAACGAAAGCAACGCGAUCGGUGGUGAUCUGCGCAGCACUAUUCAGAUACUUAAGAACUAUGGAGUAGGCGAUCAUCACAUCAAACUACCGCUCGCCGUGCAAGAAGCGAAGGAAAAGCUGGCAGACAUUCGCGAACGGUACGAAGCGACACAGUUCGAUGAUACGGUGCUGGCCUGUGCCAAUAAGCAAUUCGACCAUUGGUCUAAUGUGUCGAAGAUGGUCGAGCGUCAGGGAAGGAGAUUGGAUGAUCUGAAGUUCGAGAUUGAGCAGAUACACUACAAAGCGGACCAUCUGCAAAACUACACCGUGCAAGUGUUCCGGCACGUGCAGGAAACGGAAGUGUACCAAACCGCCAACCAGAAGCACUUUGAUAAGGUCCGUGAUGCAUACCGGCAAGCGCUGGAAGAUAAUGCUAGUGUGAAGAAACUGCUCGACACCAACAUUAUGGCCGAUACGGACGUUACCCUGGUGCAGCUCGACGACAAUUACGGGCAGCUGGAGAAAGACAACGCAACACUGAACAUGCUGGUGGAGAGAUUGAAUGAAUCCACCGAAGAUUUAAUCCGCGAGAAAAGUAUCCUGCUCGAGACGCAGAUCCCCAAAGCGGUUCGACACGCGGAACAGUUGAAGGCGAAAGCGGAUCACAUCAGGAACAAGUUCCAAUCGACAGAAGACAUAUCGGCCAAGGCUAUGGAGGCAAGUCAAGCGUAUGAAAACAUCAUCUCCGCCAUUGUGUCCGCGCAGUCCAGUGCGGACAAUGCCACGAGCAUGGUUGAGAAAGCCGAUCAGAUCAUCCAUCCUUUGGACGAUGUAACGAUCAGUGAUCAAAGUCGCAAAGCGUUGGGAGUUUCUACCAAUCUGACUAGUCGAGCGAACAAGGAACUGAACAAGGCUGUUGCACUUAAUGAGACGAUGAUACAGAAGGAGAAGAGUGUGCAGAGCCUUAAGGAUCAGAUAUGGCAGACGGCGAUCAAGAACAACAAUGUGAUGGACGAACUGGGCAAGGUUGAACGAGGCGAAACGAUGAAAACGGUUCAAUCCGAUCUGGACCGUUCCAGCAUCGUGUCCGAGCAGAUGAAAUUUGUGCGCCAGGAUGCAAUCAAUCUGAACAGUGACGUGUAUAAGCUAAAGUUAAAACUGAAGUCACUCGAACCGGAGUGGGAUACCAAGUUUGGAAUGGCGGAGGAAAACGUGUCUCAAACGUUCGGUAACAUUCGGAAGGCAAAGGACAAACUGAACGGUAUCGAAGCUAUGGCGAAGAUACAGGAAGAACGGUUCAAGACGUGGAAUCAGUCGUUCUCCGGUCAGCUGCAGCAGUUGCGCGAUCAGAUUGCGUUGGCUAAGCAUGCCGCCGAAGGUAUUCGUGUCUCGAUGGAAUCGGAAGACCAGUGCAUCCGUUCUUACGCUCCCGCUAACUUCGGACCUACGACAUCCAACCGGAUAGUAAUGUCGAUCGCUCUGACGAAUCCCAACAUCCAGAACUCGCCACUUGCCUUUAUCGAAGGCGAGGGGCGACGGUUCAUAGCGCUUGAGCUCCGGCAGCGUAAGAUCCGAAUGCUUUGGAGUUUGGACGGCGUUGCAGUCAUGACGAUGACCCAUCCUCAGGAGAUAGAGGUGCGCGAUCUCAAGAACGAUGACGCGUGGUACUUCAUCGACGCAACGCGUACCUUAAACGUGGGAACGCUAAACGUGCGCCAUAUGUUACCCGCGGGCGUACUGAAUAACGCUCGUCCUGUGACUAGUGCGAGCAAUGCGGCUUAUACGACGAUCAGCAUCGGUCCGAGUAGCCGCAUCUGGGUGGGUGGUAUACCGGAUGACUUGCGCGUACCAGAGCUGGAACCGAGCCAGGGAUUGGGUGUUGCGGUGAGCCAGCUCUACGUCGAUCGGCGCCAGCUUGGUUUGUGGCACUUUACUAGCUCCAGUGGAAAGUGUGCGGGAGCGAUGUUGGGUCCGCAGGAGGUAGCCAGCUCGACGAACGAGCGAAACUUCAAUGGGAAUGGGUAUGCGGUGUUGCAGCACACUGGGCGUCAAAACAAGGUGGAGUUCAGUCUGAGCCUCAGCUUCAAGACGCUCGAUGAGGAUGCGCUCAUAUUCCUUGCACUGGACGAGAAAAAUAACCGAUCGGUAUCGCUCACCCUAUACCAAGGCCGAUUGGUAUUCCGUGUAGACUACGGCGAUGAUGCACGGUUGGAGAUAAACACAACCAAACGAUACAACACCGGUGCUUGGGUCGUAGUGGAGGCGUCUCGCCAGUACCGUAAAUCCAGAACCGACGAAGGUGUGCUAAAGGUGGACGGGCUCGACAACAUUCUCGGAUCACCCACGAAGCCGAUCGGAGCAUCGAUGCUGCCCGUUCUUAGCGAUAAGUACUAUCUUGGAGGAGUGCCUCCAGGAUUUAAAACGGGCACUACCAAAGCGCCCGGUGCCGACCACGCAUUCUUGGGCUGCGUGAAGGGACUGCAGGUCAGUGGUACCUCGUACGAUCCACUCGACAGUACGACCCACUUCGGCAUAGAGACUUCCUGCGAUAGUACGAUCGUGAAGGCAGGCUUUUUCGGCGAAGGGUACGUCGAGUUCCCAUCGUUCCCGCUGAAGAAGCGGGCGAACUUUGGCUUUGUGUUCCGCACAAUGCAACCGGACUGUCUGCUGUUGCUGUCCGCUUACCCGAGCCGCAUACACGAUGACUACGAUUCAAAGGAUACGUUCGGCAACUAUUCGGUGUUCCUAUCGGAAGGUCGACUUCAUCUCUGGAUGGAUGCUGGCACCGGUCGGAUUGAACUAGUAUCGAACGGGACGCUGAACGACGGCGAGUAUCAUGUACUCGCAAUGGUCAAACAAGGUCGCCAUGUGGAGCUGCGCAUUGACGACAAACUGCAAAUGUCCCGGACGCUGCAAUCCUCGCUAGUAAACAUGCCGGGUGAAAGUGGUGGACUGUACAUCGGUGGAGUACCUUACGAUCCGGCCUUCACAUCACUGACGAAGGUGUUCGAGGGACUGAAAGGUGUCGUCGCAAACGUGGUGUUCAACAAUCAAACGCUUUCGUUCGGCCAAGCACUCAACUUUACCGACGUGCAGAUGGGUCGCACCGGACCGGCUAUGGGCAGCCAGGGAUUGUACACGGCCCUCAUGAAGACUGAACCGAUCGGGCGAAGUUUCAAGGCAGCUCCCGAGGGUUGCCAUCGCGUCGGAAGCUAUUCGUAUGAACCGAAUGCGUUUAAGUACGGCGACAAGCCACAAAGCUACUCGGUGGUGACGGUGCAGGCAAGAAACAUAUGGCAGCGCAACUUCCACAUCGAGUUUGACUUCCGAACGUACUAUCCCAAUGGCAUUCUGUUCGUGGCGUUGGGUACCAAAGAGAAGGCGAAACAUUUCAUCAUGCUAGCGUUAAAGGAUGGCGUACUGAAGCUGACGGUGCGUGGUCGCAAACGGGACCAGCUGUUGCUGGCACCGAAACUAAACGAUGGCCAGUGGCAUCGGGUGGCACUGAGCAGCGUAAAGAAGAAAGCGACGCUGAGCGUUCAAAUUGGCAGCAGCCACAGCUCGGCGCAACUUAAACUACCAAAGAAAUUGAACGCGGCCAACACGCUGCACAUCGGUGGGUUGCCGGACGAGGUACCGAUACUACCCCGGGAGCUCCAACCGCGACCGGAAGCGUUCAAGGGCUGUCUGCGGAAGUUUGUCGUGAACAACAACACGCAGGAUUUGGCACGGCCCGGGCGCCAUUUGCACGUGGGCCAGUGUUUCCCGCGCAUCGAGCGUGGUUCCUACUUCCCGGGUGAUGCGUACGCCAUUUACAAACGCAACUUUAACGUAGGAAAGUUCGUCGAAAUCGAGCUGGAAGUACGGACGUCAGAGAUGAACGGAAUACUCAUGAGUGUGGCCGAUCAGAUCAACGGCUUCCCGGCGUUAUCGUUGGAAAUAUCAAACGGCAAUAUCAUUCUUUCGGUGGACAAUGGUGACGGUAAUCCUACGCGUCUAUCCACGACGCUUCCCUCGAAGUACACGCUUUGUGACAACCGGUGGCACAACAUCUCGGCACUGUACGAAGAUCACCAAAUGGCAUUGCGGGUGAACGAGUUCCCACCAUCGUUACUGUUGCCGCACGGAGUUGCUGGAUUCGGACGUGUUAACACUAAGGCUCCUUUAUACAUCGGAGGUCUUCCCGAUGCGGCCUCCAGUGGCACACUGCUGAUGCGGGAAAACUUGAAGGGAUGCAUACGCAACAUUGUCAUCCGUAACGAGCGCAAGGACUGGACAGACAUGGACGAUCUGCACAACGUGUUGCUGAGCGAAUGUCUAGCAGUGAAUUAG